AUGUUAUUCUUUCCAACUGGUUUAUUGGCUUUUGCAUUUGCUCAUAAAGCCCAAAUGAAAUUCCGUAGUGGUUUCAUAACUGAUUCAAAUAAACUUAAUAGCCGUGCAUUAAUUAUUUGUAUUAUAUCAAUAUUGUGUGGUAUUACAUUGAUCAUUGGUCUUCUGUUUGGUUUCGAUGCUUGGCCAAGAACCAAUGGAUAA